UUCAUCAGCUGACAAAGGAAGUACAACCUCUCCUGAGCCUUUUUCACAAUGGAGUCUAUGUGAAUGUCCCACUUCAGGUCCUGGGAGAUUGUGGUUCCCAGGAAUCUGAAUGACUCCACUGCUGAGACAAUGCUGUCCCUGAUGGAUGCAAGGAGCAAGGACAGUGGGUUUCAUAAUGUACACCACAAAACCCAACCCCCUGCCAGCACUGGAAAAUAAAAGCUGCAGGCAAGGAGCUUUUGAUGAGGAAUUGCUUGCUGGCAUAUUGAGAGAAGGGAAUUUUUUGUGGAGCACCUUUUUUCUGGACCUUGUGGAGCUGAAUGUUUAUUGGAGCUAUGAAAACUCCAGCUCAGGAAAAUCCUGAAAAACAGCAGGAGCAUUUGAAAAAGCAAAGGGACAUUCUUGCUUACCGAAUGAAAAAACUGUCAGCAAAGCAAGAGCAUUUCAUUAAAAAGACUGCAGAACUGAAAGAAAAGAUCCGAAAGAAGUAUGAAGACAUGAAGCGAGUGCUGGAUGAGGACCUGCGAAUCACAAUGUGCCAGCUAGACAUGGAGCAGGAGGCUAUGGAGAGAGCCACUGAGGAGAACAUGCACUGUAAAAAAUAUUUAACAGUGAUGAACAGUAAAAUUGUGACAGUAAAAGUCCGUAAACUAUAAAAUAUUUUAAAACUGUAGAUUUAAUGUGAAUUUCUUGUAAAAAAAAAAAACAAAUGUGAAAACCAGUAAUAUGUAUAUUGUUUUUCAGAAAAAAUACUUAACAAUACCGUAAUGCACUAUUGCAGUGUUUUUCAAAUGGAAAAUUUCAUAAAGUUUAUAACGGUCAAACAAUAUGAUUUUUACAUUUAUUUGUUGAAAAAAUUAAUUGUUGAAUGCAAGUAUGAUUGUGUUGUAAUUAUGCUAUAAUAUGACAGUGAUUUUUGAAAUAUUUUCACAUAAUAAUAUUAAAUAUCACUAUUAAGAAAUCGAAAUCACUUUACAGUGAAUUCAUUCUUGAUUCACUCCAUCUUCACACAUUGGUCGUGUUAGUAAGCAGUGUACAAUGUAUUCGGAUAUUUUUUCCUCAAGUGUCAUAUUUGAGUAAAAUUAAAUCUUUACAUGUCUAUCAGUUCCCUUUUCUAUUGUGUUUUUAAAACAGCAUAUUCUUCUUUAUACUUGAAACAAUCUUUUUUAUGAUCCAAAAAACAAUAAAAUAAUAAUCUCUU